AUGGCUUCAACGAUUGAGAGGGUGCCGCAAAUUGCGAAUUCUCGGAGAGGCCGCAGUUUUCUUGGAUUCGACUACCUUGAGCGUUUUACAUCUGCCACUUACGAACUUGUGGUGACUGCUGCCUCCGACUGGGCAGACAAGUAUGAAUGGGGAAAACGCUUCGGGCACAGAGUCAGGAUUAAAGUUACGGAGGAGGACAAACCGUUCAUCGAAGUUUUCAGGGAGAACUAUGAAGAUGAUGAGGACGAAGAAACGGAUGAGAUCGUAGCUUUUAUGCUUCCAUUUCCGCGGUUGCCUCGAUGGGAAGACAGACUUACACACGUUUCGGAAUUUUGUGAAGGGGCAGGCUUCAUCAUUGUCAACUUUAUCCCCGAUGACCCUGGGAACUCUCGUCUGAAAGAUGUGCAGGAACCGAGAGCGUGGAUAUUCGACUGCCAUUUGAACCCUCAGAUCUCGGUUCCGUCAAAUCCGUUGCACGAUCGCCUCUUGACUAACAUCGAGUUCCAUGGAGCACUGCAACAAGAGCGCUUCAGCAAAGAUUCAGAGCCAGAGAUAAUCGGAAAUACUCGGCGAAUAUACAUUAGCAAUCCUAACGGAGUCAGUAUACUUUCGCUCCUCAGAAGAACGCCUGCUUCCCAAGUUGAUGGCUUUCGCAAACUAUUUGCGAACUACUUGAGCCCCAGCCCAGUCCCGGAGCUGAGUCUAAGGGAGACUGACUGGUGGACACCUGGCUUCGUUAUUGAAUGCAACCUACCAUAUCUGGCCAUUAGUACACAGGAUCGGUCGGAUACUCGUAUUUUAUCGAAAAAUAAGAAUUUUCGGGCUCGAGACGACAUAGCUUUUCUGAAUCUCAAGUCCUCGACAACACCAAGAGAUCAACAACAGAGCUCGUGCGUCCCAGAUAACGCCGUUCUCCACGUCGCUGUCUUCUCGCUCAUGAUUACGGGUCGCAGUGAGCAAUACUCAACUACAGUCUGUCUGGACGAUGAGUUUUUUGACCAAGAGUCGAGACUGAUGAGCGACGAAGAAGUCCUAAGUGUAGGCGGGCGUGAAGACCCAAUCACUCUCCAGCCGGAAUUCAAGAGAGCCCGAUCACCAAGAGCAUAUUUGCUCGUAGCUCUCGACAGGCAACUAGAGCGGAUUGUUGAUUAUCACGGGAACGUACUGGAACGACUAAAGAAUAGCAUCGAGAUUUAUAUUGCCAUUCCUGAAGAUCGAUCUCCUGCCAUGGAGGAGUGGAUAAAGCGCUUCCCUCUGGUUCUGAACAAACUGGUACAAUUUAAUUCAAGUCUAGCAAAGAAAGUCAGCCAUUUCUUAACGGACGAUGUCAUGGUUGGCCCAGAUGAAGUGCCUUAUGGCCCAUUAUGGCAGGGCUUGCAGGCCGAACUCGGUGCCAUCAAAUCGUUGCGCGCAAUAAAGCGAUAUUGUACUCAUUUGAGGGACAUUAACACAGGACUCGAGCAUCUCAGAGACGCCUUUGAAGAUGUCAGACGCAAGAGGAAGAACGACUACGCAGCUGAGCAGCAGACAAGAGACCGUACAAUCGAGCAAGUCACGGUUGCAGCGUUUGGAUUGGCCAUUAUGAACUUGAUUGCUCAAGUCUACACCGGCAAGCCAGGCAAAGAUGAUUCAUCCUCUUGGCCAGCAUAUAUUGCUAUGGUCGUCAUCUUCAAUGUGAUCUGCAUCAGUGGAAUUUCUUGCGCUGUUGAUGCCUACCUCGACCCCAAGUCGUGA